GUUCUUUCAUUCUCUCGCGCUUCCUUCAUUUCUUGCUCUGUUCUUUUGUUUUGUUUUUCCUUUUUUACUUUCUUGGCUACUGUGUAGAUCUCUCUCUGUAUUUCCAGCUGCUUGGUUUGCAGGGUAAGUUCAUGUUGUUUCUCUGAGGCUUUGUUUUCUGUUCAGGAAUGGUAGAUUAGGGGUUUUGAAGUGGGCACAUUGAUUGAGAGCUUGACCGUUUCAGCAAUGGGGAAGUCGCCGGGGAAAUGGAUUAAAACUAUCUUGUUUGGGAAGAAGUCUUCCAAAUCUAAUCUUUCUAAGAACAGAGAGAAAAAUGGAAAUGAGAAGGAAGUAUUGGUUUCUGUCAAGGCCUCAGAGGCUACUUCUGUUAUUACGCAUACUGCAGCUUCAGAACCAACCCUAAAUACCAUUGAGACGAACGAAGUGGUGUCAAAAAUUACCCACAAUGAGGCAGCUAAUGCAUCGUGUGAAAGAUCGAUAUCAAUUACAGGAAAUCAAGAUGCAGAAAUUCAAGGUUCUACGUGCCAAGAUACACCAUCUGAUUCUGAGAGAAUCCGUAAAGAGGAGGCUGCAACUAAGGCUCAGGCUGCGUUUAGGGGUUAUUUGGCUCGCCGAGCAUUCCGGGCCCUCAAAGGUAUUAUUAGGUUGCAGGCGCUUAUUCGUGGUCACUUAGUGAGGAGACAAGCUGUUGCUACUCUAUGUUGUAUGCUUGGAAUUGUUAAGUUUCAGGCUAUUGCUCGGGGAAGGAGAGUGAGGCUUUCUGAUGUCGGUCUCGAAGUGCAAAACAAAUAUAGAUUAGUGCAGCUACAGGAACAACUAUUAGUGGCUCCUGCUGGAGUAAGUCUCUCGACACGUAUGUCGAAGCUUUCAGCAAAUGCUUUCACCAUUAAGCUUGCUUCAUCUACAACAGCCAAACCUCUGCAAAUCUAUUUUGAUAAUGAAGAUGAAAAUUCAGCCUUGAAAUGGUUAGAGCGCUGGUCAAAUUCUCGAUUCUGGAAACCGAUUCCCCCAGUAAAAAAGGCUGCAGAGUUUAAAUCUCAAAGAAGGCUGAGAACUGGUCAAACGGGAGAGGGACAUACCGUGAGGUCAAAACGCACGAGGAGAGUUCCCACUGUAAACAAUGACAGUACUGUCCAAUCAUCUGCAGAAGUCGAGAAACCUAAACGUACAUUUAGGAAAGCUUCAAGUCACUCAGCUGCAGAGCAGGCUCAGGAGAAUCCUCAGAUGGAGCUUGAAAAGGUCAAGCGCAGUCUAAGAAAGGUCCAUAACCCCGUUCUCGAGAAUCCUACCCCGAUUGAAGCAGAUGCGGAGAAGCCCAAGGAAAGUUCGGACAAGGUUUCUAAUGGUCUAGGCCGUGACAUUUUGGCCAGAGGUACUAAUAAUUCUUCUGAGAAAAUGAAAAAAGAGGCUAUCUCAACAAUACCCGUCCAGCCUGAUUUGGAAACAACUCCUGAGCCGAUACCGAUAAAAGAGGUACUUAAUGUAACUAAUGGUGAUCCAGUUGUAGAAUCACAGCCUUUGAUUGAGGGCAAUGAUAAAGAUAAGAGCAUUGCUGGUAAUGAGGCUGGUGUGGAGACUAAGCCUUUGACAGAGAGCUACCCUAAAGAUGCCAUCAACCAACUAUUAACAAAUGGGGAAUCAAACCAUAAGGAAGAUACCGCUAACAACGAGAACCCGAAAUCUGGUAGGAAAGGCUCUACUCCAGCCAAGCAAGAACGAGUGGAGAACGGGUUGCAACACAGUCCAACCAUACCUAGCUACAUGGUAGCAACUGAAUCUGCAAAGGCAAAACUAAGAGCACAAGGAUCUCCAAGAUUCGAACAGGAGAGUGAAAGAAAUAACAACAAUCGACGACAUUCUUUACCGUCAUCCACCAAUGCUAAACUCAGCUCACCGUCUCCACGAACACAAAGACUUGUUCAAGCAGGCGGUAAAGGCGGAAACAAAAAUGACAAGGCACACAUGGGAUCCAGAGAUGGAAAUGGAAAGGUAAUCCAAGCAGACUGGAGAAGGUAAGCAUUGGCUUUUCAGUGACUGGGACCAUCUUCAAGUGGGGCUGCUGAGGCCAGUAUGGUCUUAUCUGAUUAUCCUUUCAUCUUGGUUGUUUGAGUGCAUGUACAUCAUAGGUUUUAUGUUUUUUUCUUCACUGUUUUCUGUUCUUUUUCAUAAGUUUUUUGUGCUUCCAUUACACAUUAUUUAAGGUACCUCUGUUCUAAUACAGAUUGUUUAUACUGUAUCUGAUUGUGAUUAUCUUGUUCAAUGACACCUUACUUAUGCUGCUGCUCUCAUGGA